GUCGACUUUAUGAGGCCGGUCAUAAUAAAUUCAUAAGAACAAUAAACUCAAUGUGAAUUCUGUCUAGUUUUCUGUUAUUUUGUAUGUUUUUGUGCUAUUAGGAAAAGUACAUGAUGAAUAUAAGCGUGGAUCUGAACUCAAUGGAAUUUGAAACAUUUCUGGGCGCAGGCUGUUAUGGGGGCACUGUUCGAUUGUAUCGUAAUAAGAAGGAUAAGCGCAAUCGUAGAAUUGUGAUAAAAUCAAUUCCUUACAACAGCCCAGAUUACGCCUAUAAAACCGUGCUCAAGGAACACACAAUUUUAUCUCAAAUUAAUCAUCCCCGAAUUUUACGGUAUUUCGGAUUUUUCCAAACCAGCGACUCUUGGAAUAUGAUAACAGAGUUUGCAGAACGAGGUAACUUGGCUGACUUUCUCCGUAGACGCAAGGAACAAGAGACUUUUCUGCCACAACGUGUUGUCAUGGUGAAAUUUAUGGACAUGGCCGAAGCGUUGCAAUACUUACAUCAACGCAAGGUUAUCCACAGGGAUUUGAAGCCGGAGAAUGUGUUGAUCGAUGCGGAUAAUCGCUUGAAACUGGCUGAUUUUGGAAUAGCAAAAAUUUGCACUAACAUUUGUUUGGAGGAAGAGUUCAAUAUGACGAUCGUUGGGACACCAUUGUAUAUGGCACCGGAAAUAGCUAGUGGAAAAAACUAUGAUUAUAAAAGCGAUGUGUGGCCGCUUGGGAUUAUAUUCUUUGAGCUCUCCACAUUAGAGCAUCCUCUCGUGGAUGGUAUGCUUGAUAUAACCGCAGAAGGAAAGAAAAAGUUUAUCAUGCCUCAAAUAGAUUGUAAAACAAAAGGAUAUCGUGAGGAAAUGCAAAAACUUUGUGAAAUGAUGAUUCAGGUGGAUCCAAAAAAGCGCUGGACGCUUGAGAAAAUUUUAAAGGAUAAUUGCGUGAUUCGAUUAAUGGAACGAGAGUUAUAAAACCGGCGUAUUUCUGAGGAGUUUCGAAAAAAUAUCUUUUUGGUCAACUUGAACAUUUUAUUUUUAUAUUGGACAAUAAAAAAUGAGUAGAAUAAGUAAGA